GAUGUUUUCAUCUGUGCAUUCGUGCCAACUUUCUUGGCUUGGAUAUAGCAUCGUAUUAGCACCUGCUUUUACUACAGUCUGUAACUAAUAACUCAAUAAAGGAUGAGGAGAUUUGCCUACUGCAAAGUGGUCCUUGCCACUUCUCUCAUGUGGGUCUUGGUGGAUGUGUUUCUCCUUCUGUACUUCAGUGAGUGUAACAAAUGCGAUGACAAGAAAGAAAGGUCCCUGCUGCCUGCUCUAAGGGCUGUUAUGUCAAGAAGCCAAGAAGGACCAGGAGAGAUGGGAAAAGCAGUUCUCAUUCCCAAAGAUGAUCAGGAAAAAAUGAAAGAACUUUUUAAAAUCAACCAAUUUAAUCUUAUGGCUAGUGACAUGAUUGCAUUCAACCGAAGUUUGCCUGAUGUAAGAUUAGAAGGAUGUAAGACAAAAGUCUACGCUGAUGACCUACCCACCACAAGUGUAGUCAUAGUGUUUCAUAAUGAAGCUUGGAGUACUUUGCUUCGUACUAUUUACAGUGUUAUCAAUCGGUCUCCACACUACCUACUUUCUGAGAUCAUCUUGGUAGAUGAUGCCAGUGAAAGAGAUUUUCUGAAGCUUCCAUUAGAGAAUUAUGUAAGAAACUUGCAAGUGCCAGUAAAAAUUAUUAGAAUGGAACAACGGUCGGGGCUGAUUCGAGCUCGGCUUAGAGGUGCUGCCACUUCUAAAGGCCAGGUCAUCACUUUCCUGGAUGCACACUGUGAAUGCACUACAGGUUGGCUGGAGCCCCUGCUGGCAAGAAUAAAGGAAGACAGGAAAAUUGUUGUAUGCCCAAUUAUUGAUGUAAUCAGUGACGACACAUUUGAAUACAUGGCGGGAUCAGACAUGACUUACGGAGGAUUCAACUGGAAACUCAAUUUUCGUUGGUACCCUGUUCCCCAAAGAGAAAUGGACAGAAGGAAAGGAGACAGAACUUUGCCUGUGAGGACCCCUACUAUGGCUGGUGGCUUAUUUUCUAUUGACAGAAACUACUUUGAAGAGAUAGGAACAUACGAUGCAGGAAUGGAUAUCUGGGGUGGAGAGAAUCUUGAAAUGUCUUUUAGGAUAUGGCAGUGUGGAGGCUCCCUGGAGAUUGUAACGUGUUCACAUGUUGGUCAUGUUUUUCGAAAAGCUACUCCUUAUACAUUUCCUGGUGGUACUGGUCAUGUAAUUAACAAAAAUAAUAGAAGACUUGCAGAGGUGUGGAUGGAUGAAUUUAAAGAUUUCUUCUACAUAAUAUCUCCAGGAGUUGUCAAAGUGGAUUACGGAGAUGUAUCAGUCAGAAAAGCAUUGAGAGAAAAUUUGAAAUGUAAACCAUUUUCAUGGUACCUAGAAAAUGUGUAUCCAGAUUCUCAGAUUCCACGUCGUUAUUACUCCCUUGGAGAGAUCAGAAAUGUUGAGACAAACCAAUGUUUAGACAACAUGGGGCGUAAGGAAAAUGAAAAAGUAGGCAUAUUCAAUUGUCAUGGCAUGGGAGGAAAUCAGGUAUUUUCAUACACUGCCGACAAGGAAAUUCGCACAGAUGAUUUAUGUAUGGAUGUCUCUAGGCUCAAUGGGCCUGUAAUUAUGCUGAAGUGCCAUCACAUGAGAGGAAAUCAACUUUGGGAAUACGAUGCGGAGCGACUGACCUUGAGACAUGUGAACAGUAACCAGUGUCUUGAUGAGCCCUCAGAAGAUGACAAAAUGGUUCCUACCAUGAAGGAUUGCAGCGAAAGCCGAUCCCAGCAGUGGCUGCUACGUAACAUGACCUUGGGUGCCUAAAAGCCAAGACACAGACUUCGUGUCCUUCCUCAGACCUUGGAAGGGUCUAAUCUGCUCACCCUUCACACAAAAGGAUGUUCUUCUUCCUUUGUGGUCAGUGAAGAGAAAGGGUUUGGAUGCUUGAUUCAAGGCCCACAUGCCAGAAAACUACUUUUUUUAAAAAAAAAUUGCUUCAAAGCAUGGUUGCACUUUCUCUCUCUCUCUCUCUCUCCCUCUCUCUCUCUCUCUCUCUCUCUCUCUCUCAUUUUUUUUUCUACAAGUCAGCUGAACACAUGGACGCUUUAUCCACCCUGGCAUAUACAGUAUUAUGAAGACAUCGCAGUUUUGAGAAAAGCAGACUCCGGAAAAGGGUUACAAAGCGAAAAAUUGCAAGAGGGUGGGGAAGUGGCUUGCUGUGGGUUCUGUCCUGUAAUGUUGCUUGAAAGUGACAAUGUUAAAUGCCUUAUGAAGCUCACUCGCAUUGUGAAAGAUGGUGAAACAUUUGUUUUCCUCAAUUGAUGUACUUGUACCAGUCCUUCAUGGUGACAGAGGAAGAAUCCAUUGUUAAUCUGCUGCCAACCCAUUACCUAUGAAUAGCCCAGCUGAAAAAAUUUCUCAGCAGUAAAUUUCUGUAUAUAUUGGAUGUUUUUCAUGUAUAGUGUCAGGGGAGGCGGGGGAGUGGCAUUUCUGUUUCUGAAACCUCUGUUAAAAUCCACAGAACUGGAUGAAGAAUAUUGCUGGUACGUGGAGUGUGAUAUCGAAUUCACGGCCAAGGGAAGCAGAAGGAAAUGGGAUUGAUGAUACCCACUGGUGCCCUUUGCAAAAUAUAAGUCAUUACAAACAUUGUAACACAUUUGGCCAACUUCCAUAAUCUCACAUUAAUAAUAUAAAAGGCAGCAAGAGCUGUUUAUCCAAAUUACAUGAGAUGCUGGUAGAAGAACAGGUUUAUGAGUUAGACACAAGCUGAUUUCAAGUUGAGUUUGGUUGCAAUUCCUUUUUGUCCUAUUAAAUGUAUUUGAUUUCUAAAGAUCCUUGGUCCCUAGGCAUAAAUAAAACCUGUGUAAUACCGAUAGGUCUAACCUGAAAAUGUCAACAAUGCAAUGCAACCUCUUAAUAAUUAUUGAGAUAUUAUUACAAGACGUAUAAAUCUUCCAAACAUAGCAAGUUGAACUUUUAGCAUAUGACAGCUUCAAGUUCAGGGCUAAUUAAAAACAUGUCUAAUAAAUGUGUCUGGUUUGUAUAUGGAGGACAUGGGAUAAGAUACAACUAUCUAUAUAAACAAUAGUUUAUUUUUUUUUAAGGGGUUUUUUUUUGGUCACAUAUCUCUAUGCCAGGAUGCAAGUAGGAACAAAAUUUAUCCAACAUUAGAACCUGUAUAGUUCUAGUGAGCAUUACUAGGUCAGAAAGUACAUAAACUUUACUCAUUUUUAUCUGAAUUUAAUUUAUUGCAGUUUGCUAUAUCAGCCUCAUGGCCGUGCCUAAGUUUCAGUAGAUUGUGCUAUAUUGGGUAGUAUGGACAGAUCAGUUCCACACUGCAUUAGUGAGAGAUUGAACUGACCCCUUUCACGUUUCAUUCUGGCAUCUUGAGAAAAUGAGAUGGUUCUUUCUAUGUGAGACUGUCUUUACGUUGUUAUCACCCUUCUGUUGGUUUUGAAGGUGCUCAUUUGUCUGCUUUUCCUAUGCCAGAAGCCUUCUCCACAAGUACCAUAUAAGUAUGAUAGGAAAAUGUUCGCAUUUCAGCAGGAUCAGAAGCAAAGGGGCAUAAAAAUAUUGGCCUGGAAUCCAAAUCGGAGUGCCAGAGCAGCUGAGGGAGACAGCAUUCCCUGGAGAAGGGGGAUGGUCUGAUCAGCAGAAGUGGGCAAACAGAAGAUGUAUUCAAGAAUACAGGUAAUCCUUCACCACAGUUGGGACCAGAUUUCCGGAUAUAAAUCAUUGCAGUUGUAAGUUGAGUUGUCCAUGUGAUUGGACCCUAUUUGGCAACUUUGGGGGCAGGGGUUAAACAAAUCACUUCAGUUGUUAAGGGAACCUGUAGUCAUUAAGUGAUUGCCAUUGUUGUAAAUACAGGGUGGGGGGGGGAGACUAUGAUAUGGCAUUGUAAUAUCCAGAAAUGCCAUAAAACACUUGCUGUCAUAUUUUUUAAAAGGUCAUUAAGUGAUUGGUCCUAAUUUGAGGAACUGCCUGUAAUCUGAUGUUGCCAGGAUCCUUGACAAGUAAUGCAGCCCUUUAACUAAAGGGCACAUGAUUCAGUUUGAAGCGUUACUGCUUAUCUACAACAUUCCAGGUUUCUAGAUUGAUCUUGGACAGGCUGGCUGUGGUUUCUGUAUUAUUAAGUGGGGGACGACGACACUGAGAAGCAUUAAAGGUUAGGUUAUUCUGCAAAUUACCUUUUUGAUACUCACCAGCCAAAUUGGCUGAUAAUAUGGCAGCAGGUUUUGUUCCAAAGAAGAAGGUAUUUCCAUUCUCCCCUAUAGGUUUUAAUCCCAAAAUCCGAGUAACAGCAAGCCUCUUUUGCAUCCUAUAGCCACUCUAGCAGCCAUCACGCUUGGAAAAUCACUCUCAUUUAAUUUAAAGGUUCACGUUUUUUAACAAUGAUUUUCUGUGUUUUCCUUAUUGUUGGUGCCAUGUCCUUAAAAUAAUCGGGCUCCAUUUCUUCCAAUCCAUUUUGUUGAUUGGCCACAGUGCCAUUACCACUUUCAAUUUUCACACUUGUAGGGGCAUUUUCAUCCCAUGAACACCAGUCUUCUACUUCUGGUUGUUUAGGAACAGACGAAAAAUCCACAGUAGUUGGCAAAGUUAUUUGGUCUCCACUAAGUCAUAUUGCUCCAGAUCCAUCAAGUAAAGGGUUUUGUUCAACCUCUUGUUAUGUGCAAGCUUAAAUAUAUGGGGUCUGACUUAUUUUUUGAAUAAGACUAUAAAAAAGAACUUAAUCCAGUGUAAGGAAUCAUGAGCAUAAGUCCUAUAUAUAGAUAACAUUAUAAAUACAAAUUAUUCCUGAAGAAAUGUGGCUUGAGCUAAACAGUGAGGAACGUUACUGUUAAGUUAGCUGAAGCUAAUUAUCUUAUUUUUGAUCAUUUAAGAAAGAGGGUCCAAUAUAAGCAAUGCUUUUUCUUAAAUUGUUAAUAGGAUGACAUUAAGAAAUAAUGAAAGUGUUUGUUUCCCUCAAAUGAUAAUGCAAAGGACAGAAACCUUCAAAAGGUUGGAUAGGAAGGGGGUCUUUGAAAGUUUAUAUACAAAGUUCAAAAAAGGGACAGUGGAACCAUCAGGCGAUCACAUCUUCAAUUCCCACAAUUUCAAGAAGGCUUAUUAGGAAUUUUAGGGGCUGAAUCCCAACCCAGUUCAAUCCUGUGCCGGGAUUUUAGCUUAGAGCAGGAAUCAGCAACCCGGGGCUCUGGAGCUGCAUGUGGCUCUUUCAUCCCUCUGUUACAGCUCCCUGUCACCAGUCGGCUCCACAAUUGAUAGGGUUAGGGCUUUUGAUUAGGACAGGUAGAGGAAAAAGAAUGUCAUGCUAGGAGGAGACAAGAAUGUCAUGCUAGGAGGAGAUGAUGCCGGCUGACGGCCUGUUGGGGGAGGGCCUUCUCUGUAGCUGCGCCGGCCCUGUGGAACGAUCUACCCAUAGAGAUCCGGACCCUUACCAU